AUGGCAAUCACUCCAGAUGAUGGACAAAAGAUUAGUGGUCUUAGAACGCAUGGGAAAAAUGUUUACUCAUCGGUUUAUGAAAUGACUUGGGAUGAGUUGUAUGUACUUGCUGAGGUAACUCUUGGUUUGCCAAAAGACAAAACAAAAUUGGAGUUUGCCUGCGCUGCUAAAGAGGUGAAGUUUGUGGAUUCUAGCACAAAGAAGUUGAAGAAAAUCAAGUUCACUGCUUUAAAAAAGUGUUUUGGAGACACAAAUGAGAAAAUUUCAAAGGGGGAGUUGGUUAUGGACGAGGUCACAGCUAUGCGCACUGCUACCGCGUAUUUGUUGCAUACUUUAGGAAGUGUUAUAUUUCCUGAUAACAGUGGGAACAAGGUAAGUGCUCAAUACCUUCAAUUGUUAAAGGAUUUGAAAAGCUGCCACAAGUACUCUUGGGGAACCGCGACCCUUUCUUUUCUAUUGGAGAAACUGGAAACUGCGUCUAGGUUAACAAGUAGAAACAUUGGAGGUUAUUUCACAGUUCUUCAAGUAUGGAUAUAUGACCAUUUCCCUGAUUUGAAUUUAGUCAAGGAAGAUGACAAAUGGGUAGAUACAUUCCCUACAUCGGCCAAAUGGAGUUUCAAGGAAAAUAAGAAGAGGAAUAAAAAGGAAAGCUUUGAGAGAAAACUUAGACUCUUUGACUGCUGA